GCCUGUCUAAGCCAGCAGGACGAUAAAUGGCGGCGCCAGCGAACCGCCAGCGCACAGGCCACACUGCUGCGGCUGCGAGAGGACACCGGGUUGUUCAACACUGUGCAAGAGUCGAAGAUAUUUUGAGAGAAGAGACUUUUACUUAGCGAAACAUCUUCAUCCUUCCAUUAUGUCGUGCAGUAGCAUCAGUUGGCUCAUCUGCAUUUUUGUGGCGGUAGUGACAGCUACUGACUACAGCGACGUAGAGUCGAUUAGAGAACCGUUCGUGGUGGAGUCAGUGCAGGAGGUGAGGGAGUGGGCGGCGGUGCCGGGCGCUGCGGACGGCGCCGUGGUGUCGCGGCUGUCGGCGAGCGCGCGCCUGCUGGUGGGCGGCGCCGGGGCCUCCGCGCUCCGCCCCGGCGCGCCGGACCUCGGCAGCCCGCGGGUCACCCUCCUGGACGUGGAUGGCCGGGAGCUGCGCAGACUGCUGGCCGCCCACCGCACUCUGCAGGCCCCCCGCGUGCCCAGCGCGGCUCCCCAGCACGACUCGUCGGCAGAUUGCGCCCUGCAGGCUGCCCCGCCACUCUCUGUUGAGACUGCUGCCGCCGCGGCCGUCCUUGCUGUCAGGUACUCCUGUACUGACCUCAGGGACGCUGCCCUCGCCUUCAUCAAGGAUCAUAUCUUUGACGUGAUGGCCUCGCAGGGCUGGGCCGACGCAAUGCGCACUCACACAGAAGACCUCAUCAAAGUGAGUCAGCUGCUGUCUGAGCCACCCGCAGAAAACAGCACGCCAGCCUCCACAGAGGGAAGCACCGCUCAUUGGCCCAGCGAGCACGACCAGACGCCCCUCCCAGAUGACGAUGGCGCCGCCCUAGCCGACGUCGGCGACGUCUCUUCGUUUCGGAGCCUUUCAGGAGAAGAGAAAUACAUAAGGCUGAUCGAAGCAGCCAAGCACGGGCGAGUGGAAGAGAUGAGGGCUCUGCUGGUGGCAGGGGCAGACAUAAACGGAAAGGACAUCUACGGGAGGACUGCACUGCACACUGCGGCAUGGAACAGACACGUCGAAGCGGUGAGGACUCUUCUCGAUGCUGGAGCAGACGUGAGCGCUAGGGACAACGAGGAGUACACGCCUCUGCACAUGGCUGCCUUAGGCGGCAGCGCGGCUGUGGUGCGGCUGCUGGCGGAGUCCUCUGCCGAUCUCAACGCCAGGGAUGUGUGGGGGUGGACGCCACUGCACUUGGCGGCACGCGAAGGCCAGCCAGAGGCGGCGCAAGCGCUGCUCGACACAGGAGCCGACAGCGGGGCCAGGGAAAACACUGGGCUAACCCCACUGGACAUCGCCAGGACCAGGAACCAACAGGAGGUGGCAGACGUACUAACACGAGAUUAGCAGUCUAACAAAAGUUUGUGGAACCAAAAGGCAUCCGACACAGGAGUUUUCUCUACUUUUGAAAUAAAGAAUACAAAAAAGUUAA